CGCCGCGCUCCGCCCAGCUCCGUUCCGCUCCGCAGAGCUGGCGCGGCCAGGACGCGGGGAGGGCGGCACUGGACACCAGCGACUGCAGCCCAACCUGCUCCCUCCGCCGCGGGACCUGGGCCCCCGGGCCGCUCCCCCCGGGGCCUGAGCGCGUGGCGGGCGGGAGCCGAGCCAGGACCCGAGGCGCGGGAGCGAGCAAGGAGCGAGCGGAGUCGCGUGCGCUGGCGCGCAGGUCGCGCGCUCCCACCCCCCAGACCCGGCGGGGGCCUGUCAACGCCGGACUCCGGUUACCACAAGGAAGGGCUGUGCGCCGGCGACCCGUCGGGGACUGCAGCUCCUCCGCGAGAGUGCAGGGGCUGAAUCCGCGCGACGGUCCACGCGGGACAGGUCCCUGGAUGAGAAGGAGCUGACAGCUGCUGAACCCCACCUUCUCUGUGUGCCCAGGAGCAGGGCCGUGCCGCCCAGGUGGCACCAAUGCCGAAGAACAGCAAGGUGACCCAGCGCGAGCACAGCAGCGAGCAUGUCACCGAGUCGGUGGCCGACCUGCUGGCCCUCGAGGAGCCCGUGGACUACAAGCAGAGUGUCCUGAAUGUGGCUGGUGAGGCAGGAGGCAAGCAGAAGGCAGCGGAGGAGGAGCUGGAUGUGGAGGACCGGCCAGCCUGGAACAGCAAGCUGCAGUACAUCCUGGCCCAAAUCGGUUUCUCCGUGGGCCUCGGCAACAUCUGGAGGUUCCCCUACCUGUGCCAGAAAAAUGGAGGCGGUGCCUACCUGGUGCCCUACCUGGUGCUGCUCAUCAUCAUCGGGAUCCCACUCUUCUUCCUGGAGCUGGCGGUGGGCCAGAGGAUCCGCCGCGGCAGCAUCGGCGUGUGGCACUACGUGUGCCCCCGCCUGGGCGGCAUCGGCUUCUCCAGCUGCAUAGUCUGUCUCUUUGUCGGGCUGUACUAUAAUGUGAUCAUUGGGUGGAGCAUCUUCUAUUUCUUCAAGUCCUUCCAGUACCCACUGCCUUGGAGUGAAUGUCCUGUUAUCAGGAACGGGACUGUCGCAGUGGUGGAGGCAGAAUGUGAAAAGAGCUCAGCCACGACCUACUUCUGGUACCGAGAGGCCUUGGACAUCUCCAGCUCCAUCUCGGAGAGUGGGGGCCUCAACUGGAAGAUGACUCUGUGCCUCCUCAUGGCCUGGAGCAUCGUGGGGAUGGCUGUCGUCAAGGGCAUCCAGUCCUCAGGGAAGGUGAUGUAUUUCAGCUCCCUCUUCCCCUACGUGGUGCUGGCCUGCUUCCUGGUCCGGGGGCUGCUGCUGCGAGGGGCUGUCGAUGGUAUCCUACACAUGUUCACUCCCAAGCUGGACAAGAUGCUGGACCCCCAGGUGUGGCGGGAGGCAGCCACGCAGGUCUUCUUUGCCCUGGGGCUGGGCUUCGGCGGCGUCAUCGCCUUCUCCAGCUACAACAAGCAGGACAACAACUGCCACUUCGAUGCCGCCCUCGUGUCCUUCAUCAACUUCUUCACCUCGGUGCUGGCCACGCUCGUGGUGUUUGCCGUGCUGGGCUUCAAGGCCAACAUCAUGAAUGAGAAGUGUGUGGUCGAGAAUGCCGAGAAGAUUCUGGGGUAUCUCAACACCAAUGUCCUGAGCCGGGACCUCAUCCCACCCCAUGUCAACUUCUCCCACCUGACCACCAAGGAUUACACAGAGAUGUACAAUGUCAUCAAGACCGUGAAGGAGGGUCAUUUCUCAGCCCUAGGCCUCAAUCCCUGCCUUCUGGAGGAUGAGCUGGACAAGUCCGUGCAGGGCACAGGCCUGGCCUUCAUCGCCUUCACCGAGGCCAUGACGCACUUCCCCGCCUCGCCCUUCUGGUCUGUCAUGUUCUUCCUGAUGCUCAUCAACCUGGGCCUGGGCAGCAUGAUCGGGACCAUGGCGGGCAUCACCACGCCCAUCAUCGACACCUUCAAGGUGCCCAAGGAGAUGUUCACAGUGGGCUGCUGUGUCUUUGCAUUCUUCGUGGGGCUGUUGUUCGUCCAGCGCUCCGGAAACUACUUUGUCACCAUGUUUGAUGACUACUCGGCCACCCUGCCACUCACGGUCAUCGUAAUCCUCGAGAACAUCGCCGUGGCCUGGAUCUAUGGGACCAAGAAGUUCAUGCAGGAGCUGACUGAGAUGCUGGGCUUCCGGCCCUACCGCUUCUAUUUCUACAUGUGGAAGUUCGUGUCUCCCCUGUGCAUGGCCGUGCUCACCACAGCCAGCAUCAUCCAGCUGGGGGUCACGCCUCCUGGCUACAGCGCUUGGAUCAAGGAGGAGGCUGCCGAGCGCUACCUGUAUUUCCCCAACUGGGCCAUGGCCAUCCUCAUCACCCUCAUUGCCGUGGCCAUCCUGCCCAUCCCCGUGGUCUUUGUCCUGCGGCACUUCCACCUGCUCUCCGAUGGCUCCAACACCCUCUCCGUGUCCUACAAGAAGGGCCGCAUGAUGAAGGACAUCUCCAACCUGGAGGAGAACGACGAGACCCGCUUCAUCCUCAGCAAGGUGCCCAGCGAGGCGCCCUCCCCCAUGCCCACUCACCGCUCCUACCUGGGGCCUGGCAGCACGUCGCCCCUGGAGACCAACAGCAACCCCAAUGGACGCUACGGGAGUGGCUACCUCCUGGCCAGCACCCCUGAGUCAGAGCUGUGACUACUGUCCCACCCUGCCCGCUCUGCCCCCAGGCCCGACCUGACCACUAGUCCCGGCCUGGCCUCUCUCUCCACAGUGGCCCCCAGGCCUUCUGCCCAAGGAGAGAGGGUCUGUCCUGCCACAGCCCCCAACCCAGUGCCAGCUGACUUCUGCUCCCUAGACCUGAGUAGGGGCUGGGAGUGGCUCUGCCCUCCAGUCCAGCCCCUGACCCACCUAACCUUCUGAGAUCCUCUCACCAAAUUCUAGCCAAAUAACCAGAACAAUCCAGAAGUCCUGAAUCCCAGCGCAGGGAAGAUUCCAAGUGGCCACUUAAGGGUCACUCCACUCUCCUGCUCUUCCCGAAACCUGCCACCUGCAGUUCUGAGGGCUUGGGCCUCUCCCUGUCCUGCCAGGUGCUGGUGUCCUGAGAGCAGAGCUCACCAUCCUGCCAAGCCCUUACAGGGCUGCUCCUGGGCCAGAAGGCUGCCUGAUUUAAGGCUGGAGGUGGGGAUGGGGGUGCCAGGACUCAGGCUUGGACUCAGUUUGUGUGGGUGGAUGGAACUUUCUGUUUUGAGCAUGAACCUUGCCAACCAUUGGGGUGGGAGCGAGGCUGUCCUCAGCCCCAGGAUCCGGGGUGGAAUCUGCAGUGCUCUGGCCCCUGCCUGGGGUAGGUGGGGUGUGCUCCUGCAUCCUGGCCUGGGAGGGCAGGGUCUGGGCGCAGACCCCUUCCCGAUCUCAAUUACAGCUUAGCUGUAACCUCCCACCCCCCGGUCCCCAGCCAGCCUGGAGCCUAGGACGGUGGUUUCCUUGAGAGAGAAUGGGACAGCGCAAGGAGAGAUUUCCAGAGCACAAUUAUAUUGGUCACAGCACAAUUUAGAUGGUUUGGAGCACAAUCGUGAAGCACACUCCCUUUCCCUUCACCUGGGGCCAGACUUUCUCUUUAGUGGCAGCUUCUCCCCUGUAACAGGGGUCCCUGGAAUUCAGGGGCUCACACCCAGGAAGCCUUGAGCCUGGGAGAAAGACAGAUAACUUCACUGCCCUUUUGGGCUGCCACCACUCUCCCUGUCACACAAGCCCAGGCACUCAGUAUGCUCACCAUGUGCAGACACCUUGGAAUUCUCGCCCAAGCCCCCCAGGUCCUUGGUGGGAGUCCCCACUGGCAGUGCUGUGGACAGCAGAGGCUGCUGAGGGGGAAGGCCCAGCCCCUGUCCUGAGGCUCAGCCCUCCCAGGAGGGUGCAGCCCUCAGGCAGCAACCCUACCUGCUCUGACCUUCAGGGCCUGUCCUGGAAGGAGGACUGCCCUUAGAGAGCAGGCUCAGAGGAUGCAGAGCCUAACUGGAGAAUAAAUGUCUGCUGAGUGACCGGAUGGAUGGAUGGAUGGAUGGAAGUGUGGAUGGAUGGAAAGAUGGAUGGAAUGGGGGAUGAAUGGAUGGACGGAAGGGUGGGUGGACAGGCAGUGGACAGACAGAUGGA